AAGCAAGAAAAUAAUUAAGCAGCAAAAGCAGAGAUGUCUUAAAAAGGAAAGCACCCUCCACAGAGUAGGAGCAGCCGGAGCAAGCAGCUCAAGGGCCUGGUUGCAGAAUUUUCUGGGGUUUAAAUACCCUCUAGAGGUUUCCCAGUGCUGGCUUGGUAUACACCCUAUGUAAAUGAAGUAGUGGCCUGCAGUCAGUCUGAUUGGUGCAGAAAGUGACCAAUCAGAAGCUGAAGUGAAGUUAUAAAGUUAUACUCCUAUGCAAAUGAAGACUGGGCCCAACAGUAGAGCCCCGUAGCUGUACCGACAGGCCAGAGAUCUGAGUCAGUGUACGUUAUUCAUUCCUUGUGCACGCUUGGGUGUGUGGGUCAGACGCCCUGCCAGGGUCCGUCCUGCAGACCCCAGCUGCGUGACUGAUGAGUAACAGACUCCAGCUCCGGUAUUCAGUGAAAGAGUGGACCAGGAGGCCAGGCCGCUGACUGAAAGGGUUGUAUAGCAGCCGCGCCCUCAUCUGCCAGCCAAGCUCACAUUUAUUUAGUACAGAUUAAAUGACAAGGGUUUUGUCAGCGGCCAAAACUUUUGUCAGAAUGUUGAAAGCUGUUUUACUGUGGGUUAUAACCAGAGAGAAAUGAAAGACUGUAUGAGAAAAUGAAUAUUUAGUGCACUGUAAUUUUAAACGCUGGGGCCAGGUGCGGUGGCUCACGCCUGUAAUUCCAGUACUUUGGGAGGCCAAGGCAGGUGGAUCACCUGAGGUCAGGAGUUCCAGACCGGCCUGGCCAACUUGGUGAAACCCCCAUCUCUACUAAAAAAUACAAAAAUUAGCCGUGCCGGUGGCGCACACCUGUAGUCCCAGCUACUCGGGAGGCUGAGGCAGGAGAAUCACUUGAACCUGGGAGGUGGAGGUAAGAUUUCUGGUGUAUUGACUGUCGGGAGUCAUGUUGAGGGCUUCCUCGCCGACAGUGCCCGUGUGCUUUCAGCCUGGCUGGUGUGGAAUGUGAUGCUCCCGUUCUCUCAGGCCCUGGAGGUGUGCAGGGAGGGAAGGAGGAAUUGUCAGCAUUGACUGUAAAGGACAAGGUUCAGAUCUCAGCUCUGGCAUGUCCCAUGUGGCCCUGGUCUGGUCUCUUGACCUCUGUGAGCCUCUCUCACCUCCCCUGCUGUAAAAGGGGAGCUCCAGUUCAUGCCUGCAGCUGGGUUGGUGACUGAAUGAGCUUGGCUGGAAUAAAGAGGAGACGCUUGGGAAGAAGCUCUGCAGGGGGAGAGAGGAGGAGCCUUUGGCAUCGGGGAUUUGGGCAGGUGGAAGGCGGGAGCAAACCAAGCGUUGCAGGCCCAGCCCCGCCAGGUAUCUCUCCAGAAGGUAUGAGACGCAGAGGCCACUGUUUUCCCUCUAAGGACCCCUUGGCUUCCUCUGCUGUGAAAGGGAUGCAGGGACCUAGUUGAUGAGCUGUGGCUGUGUCCCGUGGAGGCCCAGGAUGUGUGACCCAGCCCCUGCAGGCAGCUGCUGAAGACAGAGUUGGGGUCCUUCUUCACGGAGUACCUGCAGAACCAGCUGCUGACCAAAGGCAUGGUGAUCCUUCGGGACAAGAUCCGCUUCUAUGAGGGACAGAAGCUGCUGGACUCGCUGGCAGAGACUUGGGACUUCUUCUUCAGUGAUGUGCUACCCAUGCUGCAGGCCAUCUUCUACCCGGUGCAGGGCAAGGAGCCGUCAGUACGCCAGCUGGCCCUGCUGCACUUCAGGAAUGCCAUCACCCUCAGCGUGAAGCUGGAGGACGCACUGGCCCGGGCCCACGCCCGCGUGCCCCCUGCCAUCGUGCAGAUGCUGCUGGUGCUGCAGGGGGUGCACGAGUCCAGGGGAGUGACCGAGGACUACCUGCGCCUGGAGACACUGGUCCAGAAGGUGGUAUCGCCAUACCUGGGCACCUAUGGCCUCCACUCCAGCGAGGGGCCCUUCACCCACUCCUGCAUCCUGGAAAAGCACCUGCUGCGCCGCUCCCGCUCAGGGGACGUGCUGGCCAAGAACCCGGUGGUGCGUUCCAAGAGCUACAACACACCGCUGCUGAACCCCGUGCAGGAGCACGAGGCAGAGGGCGCGGCGGCCGGCGGCACCAGCAUCCGCAGGCACUCGGUGUCCGAGAUGACGUCCUGCCCCGAGCCCCAGGGCUUCUCCGACCUGCCCGGCCAGGGCCCCGCCGGAGCCUGCAGGUCCUCCCCGGUGCCCCACUCAGGGCCUUGCCCCAGCAGACUGCACCCCACGACCCAGCCCCCCGAGCAGGGCCCGGAUCCCACCCGAAGCUCGCUGCCCGGCUCCAGCCCCGAGAACCUGGUAGACCAGAUCCUGGAGUCUGUAGACUCGGAUUCGGAAGGAAUUUUUAUUGACUUUGGCCGAGGCCGGGGGUCUGCCACGUCUGGCUUGGGGGGGCCUGGGGGCCGGCAGAGCGUCGUGUGAGGCCUCACGGCUGGCCUUGAGUUUUUACUGACAUGGCCCCGUGUGUGGGGCGUCCAUGUGGCGUGUGUGUGCGCGUGAGACUUUUUUACUCUAUCCCGCCCCUCCAGCGCUGUCAGCCUGGCCUUGGUGACUUUGUGUUCCUGUCUUUACUGGAAAUACCAUCAGCCUCCCUUGCGCGGCCCAGGUCUGUGUCAGGCACAUGAGUCACUGUUACCUGGGAACCCAGGUCCGGGAUGGGGUCAGCCCUCACUCCUGUGCUCCCCCUGCCCUGGCCCUCUGGUGUCCACACCCACCCAUGGAGACUGAAUUCAGUGGGCUCUACCCACGAGGGAACCUGGACCCCGGCGUGACCAGACUCCAGCACACCUGUCUUCUCCUGCCUAGGGUAACCAUGGGGAUGGAAAGGGGCGGAAUAAAACCUGUGACUCGCUA